UUUUGCUUUUUGAACGAUUUUUCUCUGUACAUGAUCUGCUUGAGGCCGACGCUUGCGGUAAAAGAACCAGAGCUUUCGAUUGUCUCAUCGAAUCGGUUUCAUUGUGAGGAGAGCGCGAAGAAGCUCUCUGUAAAUAAGAAAUCGAUCAAACAAACUGAGAUUUCGAUUGUCUCUUGGAAACGGUUUUUUGGAACGGAGAGAGGGAAGAAGAAUUUUGAAUCUCAUUCAUUGAGGAGAAGGUUCAUGAUGAUAGAACCGACGGGGAAGAUGACCGAUGCUUCCACUUCGCUGCUGCUCACAUCCGGUUCGAGUGGACGCGUAAAUGCUCGGCUAUCGCUACGGGUGUUGAGGAGUCUAGUAAUGUUGAUCAAUGCGUUUGUUAUGUUCAUGCUCCUGCCGUUCCGAGGACGGAGACGCUGCGUGACGGUAUCGGCUGAUAAAGCACCAAAGGAUGAGAAGCAAGAAAUUUGCAGUGUCCGGAAGACUACGGUGGUGCGUGUCCCUACGGCGAUGGUUACCCGGAGGAGCAAUUUGGUGGCAACGGCGGAGCAGGAGGUGGUCGUAAGGAGAGCGCUUGCAAUUAGGCGCGCGACUCAGGACGACGACCGUAGCAUAGUUAGAGAAGUUUUCCUCUUUGUUACAGCGAGAGGUGAAACGCUAUUUACGCAGACGUGGACCCCUGUUUCCAUUGACAUCAAGGGAGUUGCUAUUAUUGUGCAUGGCCUGAAUGAGCACAGUGGCAGAUAUAGUGACUUUGCAAAGCAGCUUAAUGCCAAUGGGUUUAAAGUUUAUGGAAUGGAUUGGAUUGGACAUGGUGGAAGUGAUGGUUUGCACGGCUACGUACAUUCUCUUGGCUAUGCUGUUAGUGACAUGAAAGAAUUUGUGGAGAAGGUCACUGCAGAAAAUCCUGGCCUUCCAUGUUUUUGCUUUGGACACUCAACAGGUGCAGCCAUCAUCUUGAAGGCAUUGUUGGACCCAAAGAUUGAAGCUGUCAUAGAAGGUGUGGUGUUGACUUCACCAGCACUACGAGUUCAACCAUCCCAUCCAAUCGUUGGGAUGCUGGCUCCUAUUUUCUCAUUCUUGUUACCGAAGUAUCAAUUCGGUGGUGCAAACAAGAAGGGAAUGCCAGUCUCUCGCGACCCUGAGGCACUAGUAGUCAAGUAUUCAGACCCACUUGUGUACACUGGUUCAAUCAGGGUCAGGACUGGCACCGAGAUUCUCCAACUCACAACCUAUUUGCAGCAGCACUUGAGAAGACUAAGUGUACCAUUUCUCGUUCUCCAUGGCACUGCUGAUACUUUAACUGAUCCUGAAGCCUCACAAAAACUUUAUGAAGAAGCCUCGUCAGCAGACAAAUCAAUCAAAUUGUAUGAAGGAUUCUUACAUGAUCUCCUUUUUGAACCUGAACGAGAUGAUAUUGCCAACCACAUCAUCUACUGGUUGAAUUCUAGGGUGAAGGUUUAAGGGGUGCAUUGGGAGAAUGGCAUGAAGAUUACUUGAGAAGAGAUGGCAUUUUUUUCCCCCUCAGUUGCUCCCUUGAAGAUGUCCAAUGAGCUCAAGGGGUAAUGCUGUUUAAUUAAUUUAUUUUGGCAAUUUUUUAUGCCAAUGUUUUAGUAUCUGCCUUGUAUAUGGUAGAUACAGACAUUUUAACAGAUGAUUAAGAGGGAAAUUUGACUUCA